AUGCUGGUCCUGGGAAGCGGCAAUGCCGGAGCGACCGGAAGUAGCGGCCGACUCGUGUUCAGCUCGGGAACGGCCGCCGGAGGAAACAGCGGCGAGGUGCUCGUCGGAUCUGGCUCGACGACAGGAGGUUGCGGAGGCGGCGUUCGCGCGAGUGUGGGCUGCAGUCAUAAUGGUAUUGCGAACUCGCUUCAUUUCUUUUCAGGGUUGUCUAUUGACUCGGGAGGUCACAUCUCUAUUUCAUCUGGUGAAGGCUCACUACAAAGCAGUGGUUAUCUUGUUCUAGCCAGCUCAAACGCUAAGACAAGUACAGGUUCCAUUUUGUUUAGUACUGGAUCCUGUCGAAACGGUAACAGUGGCCUUGUUGCGUGUUCCUCUGGGAGUGUGGAGAAUGGCCAAGGUGGCAUAGUGUCCGUUAAUAUAGGCAAAAGCAUGAGUGGCAAAUCGAAUAGUUUAGAGAUGUGUGCUGGUUUGAGUCAAUUACAGAGCGGUGGCGACCUGUCAAUCUCAAGUAGAUUUGGAGCAACGAGCAGUAGUGGCAGCAUUUUUGUGUCGACAACAAAUGGGGGGGUUGGGGGUAUCAGUGGUCGGCUUGCAUAUAGCUCAGGUUCAGCGGGGCUCGGAAACACGGGGGCAGUUGAAAUUGGAUCCGGGGCUGCGACCGAGGGGCGUGGCAAUAAUGUUUUCAUCAGCGUCGGAACUGGCACCAGCGCGCUAGGGGGAGGCAUCCUUGCUCUCCCUGGUCGUGCCGUCGCAUUAAGCGGUGGGUUGCUCAGUGUAAGUGCAGGAGAAGGCACCGUAACAAGCAGUGGAUCUAUCACAGUCAAGGUCACAAACGGCGGUGUUGGCGGCAGCAGCGGGAGGCUUACUUUCAGUACUGGUUCUAGUAUGGCAGGGAACUCUGGAUGGCUCACACUUGGUACCGGAACAGCGUCUGGUGGUCAUGGGGGAACAAUGGGUAUAGAAGCUGGGAGCGGCUCUAGUGGUUCAGCAGCUCACAUUCGCAUUGACUCGGGUCAAAGCGCCGUUAGUAGUGGAGGUUUUACCAACAUAGCUUCAGGGGAAGGCAGUUCGGUGAGCAGUGGUGCCGUUACUGUCAAGGGCUGUAACUCUGGCGUGCAGGGUUCGAGUGGUAGGCUGACGUUCAGCUCGGGAUCUUCUCAAUCAGGCAACAUUGGAGCAGUACUCAUAUCUGCAGGAGCUGCGUCAAGUGGGCAAGCUGGACUAGUAUGUAUCAGUGCGGGUAGCAGUAGUGAUACUGAAAGUGGUUCGUCCGUCCAUUUGUGCACUGGACGCGGCAUCUUGACAUCAGGGGGCGCGCUUUUCCUAGAGGGAAGCGAGGGCACCUGUUCAAGCAGCGGGUAUCUCAGUCUCGGGUCGACAAACAGCGGAGCGAGUGGGUCGGGCGGCCGGUUGGCAUUUAGCUCCGGGUCGUCCAAGGACGGGAACAGUGGAGCGGUUGCCCUCGGCUCUGGACCGAGCGUUGGAGGGCGGGCCGGAGUAGCGCGCGUCUCCGUCGGUAGUGGAACGAGCGGUUUGGGUGGCUCGACGUCGCUGGGCGCGGGGAGAAGCACCGGGACGACGGGCGGCGGCGUCUGCGUCGAGACGGGCGAAGGGACGGCCACAAGCGGCGGCGCGGUGUACGUUCGCACGGCGAACGGCGGCGGCGGCGGAGCGAGCAGCCAGCUGGUGUUCAGCUCAGGCUCGUCCAAGGAAGGCAACAGCGGCGCGCUGCUCGUCGGGUCUGGCGCGGCCUCGUCGGGGCGAGGCGGCGCGACUCGGCUGGGCGCGGGCAGCGGGACGAGCGGGUCUGGAGGUGGCUUGAGCCUGGAGUCCGGUCGAAGCUCGACGCUCACGGGCGGUACCCUCCGCGCGGGCUCCGGGGAGGGGACGACGGGCAGCGGCGGGGCGCUGCGUAUCGGCACGUCUAACGCUGGCGCGGGCGCCGCGAGCGGGCGACUAGUGUUCAGCGCCGGAGCGUCGACCUCUGGCAACAGCGGGAGCGUCCGGGUCGGGUCCGGCGCGGCGACCGGCGGCCGGGGCGGACGCGCGAGCGCGAGCGUCGGCAGCGGGACGAGUGGGCUUGGGGGCGCGUUGAGCCUGUUGUCUGGACGCAGCGACGUUGCGUCGGGUGGAGUCCUGAGUGCGACGAGCGGAGCGAGCGCGUCGGCGAGCUCUGGGAUCGCAAUCAUCUCGGCGGCCAACGCUGGCGCCGGGGGGUCGAGUGGGCGGCUGUGCUUUAGCUCCGGGUCGAGCAAGGCAGGAAACAGCGGGCGGCUGUGCGUCGGGCCGGGACCGGCGACGGUGGGCCGCGGGGGCGCGGCAAGCGUGAGCGCGGGAAGUGGGACGAGCGCGUCGGGCGGUGGCCUGACGUUUGCGGCCGGGCGCAGCAUCGCGUCGAGCGGAGGGCGCGUGCUGACCGUCGGGGGCGAAGGAACCGCAGCAAGCAGUGGCCUGGUGCGCAUCACGUCGGCAAACGGUGGAACCGCGGGCGCCAGCGGUCGGCUCGCGUUCAGCUCGGGGCGCGCGGCGGCCGGGAACGGAGGGGCGGCGAGCCUGGGGUCCGGCACGUCGACGGCAGGUCGCGCCGGCGUCGUGGCCGUGAGCGCGGGCGGCGGGACGAGCGGGUCUGGGGGAUCGGCGAUCGCGGCGGCGGGUCGGAGCGCGGCGGUCAGCGGUGGGGCUUUCAGCGUCGACAGCGGGGACGGAACCGCAUCGAGUAGCGGCAUGCUGGUCCUGGGAAGCGGCAAUGCCGGAGCGACCGGAAGUAGCGGCCGACUCGUGUUCAGCUCGGGAACGGCCGCCGGAGGAAACAGCGGCGAGGUGCUCGUCGGAUCUGGCUCGACGACAGGAGGUUGCGGAGGCGGCGUUCGCGCGAGUGUGGGCUGCAGCGCGAGCGGAGGAGGAGGGCCGCUCGGCUGGACGUCGGGUCGAAGCGGAGGCUCGAGCGGCGGAUGGCUGACGGUCGGCGGCGGCGGCGGCGCGUCGACGAGCAGCGGGGUGCUGUUUGUAUCGAGCGGAAAUGGCGGCGCAGCUGGUUUGAGCGGUCAGCUGGCCUUCAGCUCCGGAUCGACGUGUUGCGGAAAUAAUGGACAAGUUAGGGCGGGGUCCGCGGCUUCGACGGCGGGCCGCGGGGGCCUCGUCGAUCUGUGUGUUGGGAGCGGCACGAGUGCGGCCGGUGGUACGGGGCAGAUACGAUCCGGGAGGGCGGAAUCGAGGAGCGGAGGUGGCGUGCAUCUGCAGGCUGGUGAAGGAACAGCGACAAACAGUGGCAUUCUUGCUGUCGGAAGCACAAACUCAGGCUUCUGCGGCUCGGCCGGAGCCCUUCGCUUUAGCUCGGGAUCGUCGCUCUCUGGCAACGGUGGAUGCUUGGUUCUAGCCUCUGGGUACGGGACAGCCGGCCGCGGGGGGGCAGUUUUGAUCGUGGCUGGCAGCGGGACCAGCGGUCGGGGGGGCCGCGUGCGCCUGGGCGCAGGUCGAGGCGCGGUUGCCACCGGCGGUGCUUCAGUCGUGGUGGGAGGUGGCGAGGGCACCUGCUCAAGCAGCGGGUAUCUCAGUCUCGGGUCGACAAACAGCGGAGCGAGUGGGUCGGGCGGCCGGUUGGCAUUUAGCUCCGGGUCGUCCAAGGACGGGAACAGUGGAGCGGUUGCCCUCGGCUCUGGACCGAGCGUUGGAGGGCGGGCCGGAGUAGCGCGCGUCUCCGUCGGUAGUGGAACGAGCGGUUUGGGUGGCUCGACGUCGCUGGGCGCGGGGAGAAGCACCGGGACGACGGGCGGCGGCGUCUGCGUCGAGACGGGCGAAGGGACGGCCACAAGCGGCGGCGCGGUGUACGUUCGCACGGCGAACGGCGGCGGUGGCGGAGCGAGCAGCCAGCUGGUGUUCAGCUCAGGCUCGUCCAAGGAAGGCAACAGCGGCGCGCUGCUCGUCGGGUCUGGCGCGGCCUCGUCGGGGCGAGGCGGCGCGACUCGGCUGGGCGCGGGCAGCGGGACGAGCGGGUCUGGAGGUGGCUUGAGCCUGGAGUCCGGUCGAAGCUCGACGCUCACGGGCGGUACCCUCCGCGCGGGCUCCGGGGAGGGGACGACGGCAGCGGCGGGGCGCUGCGUAUCGGCACGCGUCUAACGCUGGCGCGGGCGCCGCGAGCGGGCGACUAGUGUUCAGCGCCGGAGCGUCGACCUCUGGCAACAGCGGGAGCGUCCGAGUCGGGUCCGCGCGGCGACCGGCGGCCGGGCGGACGCGCGAGCGCGAGCGGCCGGGCAGCGGGACGAGGGGCUGGGCUUGGGGGCGCGUUGAGCCUGUUGUCUGGACGCAGCGACGUUGCGUCGGGUGGAGUCCUGAGCGCGACGAGCGGAGCGGCGCCGUCGCGAGCUCUGGGAUCGCAAUCAUCUCGGCGGCCAACGCUGGCGCCGGGGGGUCGAGUGGGCGGCUGUGCUUUAGCUCCGGGUCGAGCAAGGCAGGAAACAGCGGGCGGCUGUGCGUCGGGCCGGGACCGGCGACGGUGGGCCGCGGGGCGCGGCCGCCGAGCGCUGGAAGUGGGACGAGCGCGUCGGGCGGUGGCCUGACGUUUGCGGCCGGGCGCAGCAUCGCCGAGCGGAGGGCGCGUGCUGACCGUCGGGGGCGAAGGAACCGCAGCAAGCAGUGGCCUGGUGCGCAUCACGUCGGCAAACGGUGGAACCGCUGGCGCCAGCGGUCGGCUCGCGUUCAGCUCGGGCGCGGCGGCGGGAACGGAGGGGCGGCGAGCCUGGGGUCCGGCACGUCGACGGCAGGUCGCGCCGGCGUCGUGGCCGUGAGCGCGGGCGGCGGGACGAGCGGGUCUGGGGAUCGGCGAUCGCGGCGGCGGGUCGGAGCGCGGCGGUCAGCGGGGGGCUUUCAGCGUCGACAGCGGGGACGGAACCGCAUCGAGUAGCGGCAUGCUGGUCCUGGGAAGCGGCAAUGCCGAGCGACCGGAAGUAGCGGCCGACUGUGUUCAGCUCGGGAACGGCCGGAGGAAACAGUAUGCGCGAGUGCUCGUCGGAUCUGGCUCGACGACAGGAGGUUGCGGAGGCGGCGUUCGCGCGAGUGUGGGCUGCAGCGCGAGCGGAGGAGGAGGGCCGCUCGGCUGGACGUCGGGUCGAAGCGGAGGCUCGAGCGGCGGAUGGCUGACGGUCGGCGGCGGCGGCGGCGCGUCGACGAGCAGCGGGGUGCUGUUUGUAUCGAGCGGAAAUGGCGGCGCAGCUGGUUUGAGCGGUCAGCUGGCCUUCAGCUCCGGAUCGACGUGUUGCGGAAAUAAUGGACAAGUUAGGGCGGGGUCCGCGGCUUCGACGGCGGGCCGCGGGGGCCUCGUCGAUCUGUGUGUUGGGAGCGGCACGAGUGCGGCCGGUGGUACGGGGCAGAUACGAUCCGGGAGGGCGGAAUCGAGGAGCGGAGGUGGCGUGCAUCUGCAGGCUGGUGAAGGCGCAGGGAUGAGUGGGGGGUCUGUCGUCGCAAAGUCUACGAAUGGUGGUCUGGGUGGAUGCAGCGGCCGUCUUGCUUUCAGUUCCGGAUCAUCCGUCUCUGGUAACUCGGGGAGGUGCGCCUUGGGGUCUGGUGCGUCCACAGAGGGUGGUGGUGGGAGAAUCAGCGUGAGCGUGGGAAGUGGGACCAGUGGGGGUGGUGGGGCGUAUAUUGGGUUGGGUCGAAGUGAACGUCACAGUGGUGGAAGGUUUGAGUCCAGCUCGGGCAUUGGAAGCGGGUCAAGCAGUGCAAGCCUUAUACUAAAAAGCACAAACUCAGGCUUCUGCGGCUCGGCCGGAGCCCUUCGCUUCAGCUCGGGAUCUUCGCUCUCUAGCAACGGUGGAUGCUUGGUUCUAGCCUCUGGGUACGGGACAGCCGGCCGCGGGGGGGCAGUUUUGAUCGUGGCUGGCAGCGGGACCAGCGGUCGGGGGGGCCGCGUGCGCCUGGGCGCAGGUCGAGGCGCGGUUGCCACCGGCGGUGCUUCAGUCGUGGUGGGAGGUGGCGAGGGCACCUGCUCAAGCAGCGGGUAUCUCAGUCUCGGGUCGACAAACAGCGGAGCGAGUGGGUCGGGCGGCCGGUUGGCAUUUAGCUCCGGGUCGUCCAAGGACGGGAACAGUGGAGCGGUUGCCCUCGGCUCUGGACCGAGCGUUGGAGGGCGGGCCGGAGUAGCGCGCGUCUCCGUCGGUAGUGGAACGAGCGGUUUGGGUGGCUCGACGUCGCUGGGCGCGGGGAGAAGCACCGGGACGACGGGCGGCGGCGUCUGCGUCGAGACGGGCGAAGGGACGGCCACAAGCGGCGGCGCGGUGUACGUUCGCACGGCGAACGGCGGCGGUGGCGGAGCGAGCAGCCAGCUGGUGUUCAGCUCAGGCUCGUCCAAGGAAGGCAACAGCGGCGCGCUGCUCGUCGGGUCUGGCGCGGCCUCGUCGGGGCGAGGCGGCGCGACUCGGCUGGGCGCGGGCAGCGGGACGAGCGGGUCUGGAGGUGGCUUGAGCCUGGAGUCCGGUCGAAGCUCGACGCUCACGGGCGGUACCCUCCGCGGGCCCGGGGGGGACGACGGGCAGCGGCGGGCGCUGCGUAUCGGCACGUCUAACGCUGGCGCGGGCGCCGUGAGCGGGCGACUAGUGUUCAGCGCCGGAGCGUCGACCUCUGGCAACAGCGGGAGCGUCCGGUCGGGUCCGCGCGCGACCGGCGGCCGGGGCGGACGCGCGAGCGCGAGCGUCGGCAGCGGGACGAGUGGGCUUGGGGGCGCGUUGAGCCUGUUGUCUGGACGCAGCGACGUUGCGUCGGGUGGAGUCCUGAGCGCGACGAGCGGAGCGAGCGCGUCGGCGAGCUCUGGGAUCGCAAUCAUCUCGGCGGCCAACGCUGGCGCCGGGGGGUCGAGUGGGCGGCUGUGCUUUAGCUCCGGGUCGAGCAAGGCAGGAAACAGCGGGCGGCUGUGCGUCGGGCCGGGACCGGCGACGGUGGGCCGCGGGGCGCGGCAAGCCGCGAGCGCUGGAAGUGGGACGAGCGCGUCGGGCGGUGGCCUGACGUUUGCGGCCGGGCGCAGCAUCGCGUCGAGCGGAGGGCGCGUGCUGACCGUCGGGGCGAAGGAACCGCAGCAAGCAGUGGCCUGGUGCGCAUCACGUCGGCAAACGGUGGAACCGCGGGCGCCAGCGGUCGGCUCGCGUUCAGCUUGGGGCGCGCGGCGGCCGGGAACGGAGGGGCGGCGAGCCUGGGGUCCGGCACGUCGACGGCAGGUCGCGCCGGGCGUCGUGGCCGUGAGCGCGGGCGGCGGACGAGCGAGUCUGGGGAUCAGCGAUCGCGGCGGCGGGUCGGAGCGCGGCGGUCAGCGGUGGGGCUUUCAGCGUCGACAGCGGGGACGGAACCGCAUCGAGUAGCGGCAUGCUGGUCCUGGGAAGCGGCAAUGCCGGAGCGACCGGAAGUAGCGGCCGACUCGUGUUCAGCUCGGGAACGGCCGCCGGAGGAAACAGCGGCGAGGUGCUCGUCGGAUCUGGCUCGACGACAGGAGGUUGCGGAGGCGGCGUUCGCGCGAGUGUGGGCUGCAGCGCGAGCGGAGGAGGAGGGCCGCUCGGCUGGACGUCGGGUCGAAGCGGAGGCUCGAGCGGCGGAUGGCUGACGGUCGGCGGCGGCGGCGGCGCGUCGACGAGCAGCGGGGUGCUGUUUGUAUCGAGCGGAAAUGGCGGCGCAGCUGGUUUGAGCGGUCAGCUGGCCUUCAGCUCCGGAUCGACGUGUUGCGGAAAUAAUGGACAAGUUAGGGCGGGGUCCGCGGCUUCGACGGCGGGCCGCGGGGGCCUCGUCGAUCUGUGUGUUGGGAGCGGCACGAGUGCGGCCGGUGGUACGGGGCAGAUACGAUCCGGGAGGGCGGAAUCGAGGAGCGGAGGUGGCGAGCAUCUGCAGGCUGGUGAAGGAACAGCGACAAACAGUGGCAUUCUUGCUGUCGGAAGCACAAACUCAGGCUUCUGCGGCUCGGCCGGAGCCCUUCGCUUCAGCUCGGGAUCUUCGCUCUCUAGCAACGGUGGAUGCUUGGUUCUAGCCUCUGGGUACGGGACAGCCGGCCGCGGGGGGGCAGUUUUGAUCGUGGCUGGCAGCGGGACCAGCGGUCGGGGGGGCCGCGUGCGCCUGGGCGCAGGUCGAGGCGCGGUUGCCACCGGCGGUGCUUCAGUCGUGGUGGGAGGUGGCGAGGGCACCUGCUCAAGCAGCGGGUAUCUCAGUCUCGGUCGACAAACAGCGGCCGAGGGGUCGGGCGGCCGGUUGGCAUUUAGCUCGGUCGCCCAAGGACGGGAAAACAGUGGAGCGGUUGCCCUCGGCUCUGGACCGAGCGUUGGAGGGCGGGCCGGAGUAGCGCGCGUCUCCGUCGGUAGUGGAACGAGCGGUUUGGGUGGCUCACGUCGCUGGGCGCGGGGGAAGCACCGGGACGACGGGCGGCGGCGGCGUCUGCGUCGAGACGGGCGAAGGACGGCCACAAGCGGCGGCGCGGUGUACGUUCGCACGGCGAACGGCGGCGGCGGCGGAGCGAGCAGCCAGCUGGUGUUCAGCUCAGGCUCGUCCAAGGAAGGCAACAGCGCGCGCUGCUCGUCGGGUCUGGCGCGGCCUCGUCGGGGCGAGGCGGCGCGACUCGGCUGGGCGCGGGCAGCGGACGAGCGGGUCUGGAGGUGGCUUGAGCCUGGAGUCCGGUCGGCUCGACGCUCACGGCGGUACCCUCCGCGGGCUCCGGGAGGGGGACGGGCAGCGGCGGGGCGCUGCGUAUCGGCACGCCUAACGCUGGCGCGGGCGCCGUGAGCGGGCGACUAGUGUUCAGCGCCGGAGCGUCGACCUCUGGCAACAGCGGAGCGUCCGAGUCGGGUCCGCGCGGCGACCGGCGGCCGGGCGGGCGCGAGCGCGAAAGCGCCGGCAGCGGGACGAGUGGGCUUGGGGGCGCGUUGAGCCUGUUGUCUGGACGCAGCGACGUUGCGUCGGGUGGAGUCCUGAGUGCGACGAGCGGAGCGAGCGCGUCGGCGAGCUCUGGGAUCGCAAUCAUCUCGGCGCCCAACGCUGGCGCCGGGGGUCGAGUGGGCGGCUGUGCUUUAGCUCCGGGUCGAGCAAGGCAGGAAACAGCGGGCGGCUGUGCGUCGUCGGGCCGGACCGGCGACGGUGGGCCGCGGGGCGCGCCGCCGCGAGCGCUGGAAGUGGGACGAGCGCGUCGGGCGGUGGCCUGACGCGUUUGCGGCCGGGCGCAGCAUCGCGUCGAGCGGAGGGCGCGUGCUGACCGUCGGGGGCGAAGGAACCGCAGCAAGCAGUGGCCUGGUGCGCAUCACGUCGGCAAACGGUGGAACCGCGGGCGCCAGCGGUCGGCUCGCGUUCAGCUCGGGGCGCGCGGCGGCCGGGAACGGAGGGGCGGCGAGCCUGGGGUCCGGCACGUCGACGGCAGGUCGCGCCGGCGUCGUGGCCGUGAGCGCGGGCGGCGGGACGAGCGGGUCUGGGGGAUCGGCGAUCGCGGCGGCGGGUCGGAGCGCGGCGGUCAGCGGGGGGCUUUCAGCGUCGACAGCGGGACGGAACCGCAUCGAGUAGCGGCAUGCUGGUCCUGGGAAGCGGCAAUGCCGGAGCGACCGGAAGUAGCGGCCGACUCGUGUUCAGCUCGGGAACGGCCGCCGGAGGAAACAGCGGCGAGGUGCUCGUCGGAUCUGGCUCGACGACAGGAGGUUGCGGAGGCGGCGUUCGCGCGAGUGUGGGCUGCAGCGCGAGCGGAGGAGGAGGGCCGCUCGGCUGGACGUCGGGUCGAAGCGGAGGCUCGAGCGGCGGAUGGCUGACGGUCGGCGGCGGCGGCGGCGCGUCGACGAGCAGCGGGGUGCUGUUUGUAUCGAGCGGAAAUGGCGGCGCAGCUGGUUUGAGCGGUCAGCUGGCCUUCAGCUCCGGAUCGACGUGUUGCGGAAAUAAUGGACAGUUAGGGCGGGUCCGCGGCCGACGGCGGGCCGCGGGGGCCUCGUCGAUCUGUGUGUUGGGAGCGGCACGAGUGCGGCCGGUGGUACGGGGCAGAUACGAUCCGGGAGGGCGGAAUCGAGGAGCGGAGGUGGCGUGCAUCUGCAGGCUGGUGAAGGCGCAGGGAUGAGUGGGGGGUCUGUCGUCGCGAAGUCUACGAAUGGUGGUCUGGGUGGAUGCAGCGGCCGUCUUGCUUUCAGUUCCGGAUCAUCCGUCUCUGGUAACUCGGGGAGGUGCGCCUUGGGGUCUGGUGCGUCCACAGAGGGUGGUGGUGGGAGAAUCAGCGUGAGCGUGGGAAGUGGGACCAGUGGGGGUGGUGGGGCGUAUAUUGGGUUGGGUCGAAGUGAACGUCACAGUGGUGGAAGGUUUGAGUCCAGCUCGGGCAUUGGAAGCGGGUCAAGCAGUGCAAGCCUUAUACUAAAAAGCACAAACUCAGGCUUCUGCGGCUCGGCCGGAGCCCUUCGCUUCAGCUCGGGAUCUUCGCUCUCUAGCAACGGUGGAUGCUUGGUUCUAGCCUCUGGGUACGGGACAGCCGGCCGCGGGGGGGCAGUUUUGAUCGUGGCUGGCAGCGGGACCAGCGGUCGGGGGGGCCGCGUGCGCCUGGGCGCAGGUCGAGGCGCGGUUGCCACCGGCGGUGCUUCAGUCGUGGUGGGAGGUGGCGAGGGCACCUGCUCAAGCAGCGGGUAUCUCAGUCUCGGUCGACAAACAGCGGCAGAGUGGGUCGGGCGGCCGGUUGGCAUUUAGCUCGGUCGCCCAAGGACGGGAACAGUGGAGCGGUUGCCCUCGGCUCUGGACCGAGCGUUGGAGGGCGGGCCGGAGUAGCGCGCGUCUCCGUCGGUAGUGGAACGAGCGGUUUGGGUGGCUCACGCCGCUGGGCGCGGGAGAAGCACCGGGACGACGGGCGGCGGCGUCUGCGUCGAGACGGGCGAAGGCACGGCCACAAGCGGCGGCGCGGUGUACGUUCGCACGGCGAACGGCGGCGGUGGCGGAGCGAGCAGCCAGCUGGUGUUCAGCUCAGGCUCGUCCAAGGAAGGCAACAGCGGCGCGCUGCUCGUCGGGUCUGGCGCGGCCUCGUCGGGGCGAGGCGGCGCGACUCGGCUGGGCGCGGGCAGCGGGACGAGCGGGUCUGGAGGUGGCUUGAGCCUGGAGUCCGGUCGAAGCUCGACGCUCACGGCGGUACCCUCCGCGGGCUCCGGGAGGGGACGACGGGCAGCGGCGGGGCGCUGCGUAUCGGCACGUCUAACGCUGGCGCGGGCGCCGCGAGCGGGCGACUAGUGUUCAGCGCCGGAGCGUCGACCUCUGGCAACAGCGGGAGCGUCCGGUCGGGUCCGCGCGGCGACCGGCGGCCGGGCGGACGCGCGAGCGCGAGCGUCGGCAGCGGGACGAGUGGGCUUGGGGGCGCGUUGAGCCUGUUGUCUGGACGCAGCGACGUUGCGUCGGGUGGAGUCCUGAGUGCGACGAGCGGAGCGAGCGCGUCGGCGAGCUCUGGGAUCGCAAUCAUCUCGGCGGCCAACGCUGGCGCCGGGGGGUCGAGUGGGCGGCUGUGCUUUAGCUCCGGUCGAGCAAGGCAGGAAACAGCGGGCGGCUGUGCGUCGGGCCGGGACCGGCGACGGUGGGCCGCGGGGCGCGGCAAGCGCGAGCGCUGGAAGUGGGACGAGCGCGUCGGGCGGUGGCCUGACGUUUGCGGCCGGGCGCAGCAUCGCGUCGAGCGGAGGGCGCGUGCUGACCGUCGGGGGCGAAGGAACCGCAGCAAGCAGUGGCCUGGUGCGCAUCACGUCGGCAAACGGUGGAACCGCUGGCGCGCAGCGGUCGGCUCGCGUUCAGCUCGGGCGCGCGGCGGCGGGAACGGAGGGGCGGCGAGCCUGGGGUCCGGCACGUCGACGGCAGGUCGCGCCGGCCUCGUGGCCGUGAGCGCGGCGGCGGGACGAGCGGGUCUGGGGAUCGAUGAUCGCGGCGGCGGGUCGGAGCGCGGCGGUCAGCGGUGGGGCUUUCAGCGUCGACAGCGGGGACGGAACCGCAUCGAGUAGCGGCAUGCUGGUCCUGGGAAGCGGCAAUGCCGGAGCGACCGGAAGUAGCGGCCGACUCGUGUUCAGCUCGGGAACGGCCGCCGGAGGAAACAGCGGCGAGGUGCUCGUCGGAUCUGGCUCGACGACAGGAGGUUGCGGAGGCGGCGUUCGCGCGAGUGUGGGCUGCAGCGCGAGCGGAGGAGGAGGGCCGCUCGGCUGGACGUCGGGUCGAAGCGGAGGCUCGAGCGGCGGAUGGCUGACGGUCGGCGGCGGCGGCGGCGCGUCGACGAGCAGCGGGGUGCUGUUUGUAUCGAGCGGAAAUGGCGGCGCAGCUGGUUUGAGCGGUCAGCUGGCCUUCAGCUCCGGAUCGACGUGUUGCGGAAAUAAUGGACAAGUUAGGGCGGGGUCCGCGGCUUCGACGGCGGGCCGCGGGGGCCUCGUCGAUCUGUGUGUUGGGAGCGGCACGAGUGCGGCCGGUGGUACGGGGCAGAUACGAUCCGGGAGGGCGGAAUCGAGGAGCGGAGGUGGCGUGCAUCUGCAGGCUGGUGAAGGCGCAGGGAUGAGUGGGGGGUCUGUCGUCGCGAAGUCUACGAAUGGUGGUCUGGGUGGAUGCAGCGGCCGUCUUGCUUUCAGUUCCGGAUCAUCCGUCUCUGGUAACUCGGGGAGGUGCGCCUUGGGGUCUGGUGCGUCCACAGAGGGUGGUGGUGGGAGAAUCAGCGUGAGCGUGGGAAGUGGGACCAGUGGGGGUGGUGGGGCGUAUAUUGGGUUGGGUCGAAGUGAACGUCACAGUGGUGGAAGGUUUGAGUCCAGCUCGGGCAUUGGAAGCGGGUCAAGCAGUGCAAGCCUUAUACUAAAAAGCACAAACUCAGGCUUCUGCGGCUCGGCCGGAGCCCUUCGCUUCAGCUCGGGAUCUUCGCUCUCUAGCAACGGUGGAUGCUUGGUUCUAGCCUCUGGGUACGGGACAGCCGGCCGCGGGGGGGCAGUUUUGAUCGUGGCUGGCAGCGGGACCAGCGGUCGGGGGGGCCGCGUGCGCCUGGGCGCAGGUCGAGGCGCGGUUGCCACCGGCGGUGCUUCAGUCGUGGUGGGAGGUGGCGAGGGCACCUGCUCAAGCAGCGGGUAUCUCAGUCUCGGGUCGACAAACAGCGGAGCGAGUGGGUCGGGCGGCCGGUUGGCAUUUAGCUCCGGGUCGUCCAAGGACGGGAACAGUGGAGCGGUUGCCCUCGGCUCUGGACCGAGCGUUGGAGGGCGGGCCGGAGUAGCGCGCGUCUCCGUCGGUAGUGGAACGAGCGGUUUGGGUGGCUCGACGUCGCUGGGCGCGGGGAGAAGCACCGGGACGACGGGCGGCGGCGUCUGCGUCGAGACGGGCGAAGGCACGGCCACAAGCGGCGGCGCGGUGUACGUUCGCACGGCGAACGGCGGCGGCGGCGGAGCGAGCAGCCAGCUGGUGUUCAGCUCAGGCUCGUCCAAGGAAGGCAACAGCGCGCGCUGCUGCGUCGGGUCUGGCGCGGCCUCGUCGGGCGAGGCGGCGCGACUCGGCUGGGCGCGGGCAGCGGACGAGCGGGUCUGGAGGUGGCUUGAGCCUGGAGUCCGGUCGGCUCGACGCUCACGGGCGGUACCCUCCGCGGGCUCCGGGAGGGGACGACGGGCAGCGGCGGGGCGCUGCGUAUCGGCACGUCUAACGCUGGCGCGGGCGCCGCGAGCGGGCGACUAGUGUUCAGCGCCGGAGCGUCGACCUCUGGCAACAGCGGGAGCGUCCGGUCGGGUCCGCGCGGCGACCGGGCGGCCGGGCGGACGCGCGAGCGAGCGUCGGCAGCGGGACGAGUGGGCUUGGGGGCGCGUUGAGCCUGUUGUCUGGACGCAGCGACGUUGCGUCGGGUGGAGUCCUGAGUGCGACGAGCGGAGCGAGCGCGUCGGCGAGCUCUGGGAUCGCAAUCAUCUCGGCGGCCAACGCUGGCGCCGGGGGGUCGAGUGGGCGGCUGUGCUUUAGCUCCGGGUCGAGCAAGGCAGGAAACAGCGGGCGGCUGUGCGUCGGGCCGGGACCGGCGACGGUGGGCCGCGGGGGCGCGGCAAGCGUGAGCGCUGGAAGUGGGACGCCGCCGGCCGGGCGGUGGCCUGACGUUUGCGGCCGGGCGCAGCAUCGCGUCGAGCGGAGGGCGCGUGCUGACCGUCGGGGGCGAAGGAACCGCAGCAAGCAGUGGCCUGGUGCGCAUCACGUCGGCAAACGGUGGAACCGCGGGCGCCAGCGGUCGGCUCGCGUUCAGCUCGGGGCGCGCGGCGGCCGGGAACGGAGGGGCGGCGAGCCUGGGGUCCGGCACGUCGACGGCAGGUCGCGCCGGCCUCGUGGCCGUGAGCGCGGGCGGCGGGACGAGCGGGUCUGGGGGAUCGGCGAUCGCGGCGGCGGGUCGGAGCGCGGCGGUCAGCGGUGGGGCUUUCAGCGUCGACAGCGGGGACGGAACCGCAUCGAGUAGCGGCAUGCUGGUCCUGGGAAGCGGCAAUGCCGGAGCGACCGGAAGUAGCGGCCGACUCGUGUUCAGCUCGGGAACGGCCGCCGGAGGAAACAGCGGCGAGGUGCUCGUCGGAUCUGGCUCGACGACAGGAGGUUGCGGAGGCGGCGUUCGCGCGAGUGUGGGCUGCAGCGCGAGCGGAGGAGGAGGGCCGCUCGGCUGGACGUCGGGUCGAAGCGGAGGCUCGAGCGGCGGAUGGCUGACGGUCGGCGGCGGCGGCGGCGCGUCGACGAGCAGCGGGGUGCUGUUUGUAUCGAGCGGAAAUGGCGGCGCAGCUGGUUCGAGCGGUCAGCUGGCCUUUAGCUCGGGGUUGAGCAAUCUGGGAAACAGCGGUCGAAUCACCAUCGGUGUCGGCAUUAGUACCAAGGGGCGCGGUGGGUCUGUACAUGUGAUCGUGGGAAGUGGCACUAGCGGGGUGGGGGCAAUCUCGACGAUAGUAUCGGGUCGCGGGAGCGCCAGGGGCGGAGGGCCAACUGCAGUAGUCUCGAGAGAAGAUGUUCUAGCUAGCAGUGGAAUCAUAAGCGUCACUUCGACGAAUGGUGGCGCGAGCGGGGGCAGUGGCCGGCUCGCGUUUAGCUCGGGCUCGGCGGUGACAGGAAACACCGGAGACGUGGCCAUGGGCUCAGGCUCGGCGACAGCCGGCCGCGGCGGGAGGAUGGACUUGCACGUGGGAAGCGGGAUAAGCGGCGCGGGGAGUCCAAUCACGGUGCAUGCGGCAAGAGGAAGCGAACAUAGUGGUGGCGGCGUGGUCGCGACCUCCGGCGGCUCAUCCGCAAGCAGCGGCACUCUGGCGGUUCGGAGCGGGGCCAUUGGGAUUGCAGGAUCAAGCGGAUGUGUAUCGUUCAGCUCGGGAUCUGCGAAGUCAGGAAACACUGGGUUGAUAGCGCUUGACUCGGGCACCGCGUCAGGUGGUCGGAGCGGUGAAAUAACGGUGAGUGGUGGCAGUGGGACUAGCGGCUUUGGUAGUCUAGUUGACCUAAUCUCUGCGCCAAGCGUAGUUCUUGGUGGGCCUCUUACCUUGUGUGGCGGUCAGGGAGGGCAAGCCAGCAGCGGAACAAUGUGCGUAAGCACGUUUAACGGAGGUGCAACUGGUUCGAGCGGUCAGCUGGCCUUUAGCUCGGGGUUGAGCAAUCUGGGAAACAGCGGUCGGAUCACCAUCGGUGUCGGCAUUAGUACCAAGGGGCGCGGUGGGUCUGUACAUGUGAUCGUGGGAAGUGGCACUAGCGGGGUGGGGGCAAUCUCGACGAUAGUAUCGGGUCGCGGGAGCGCCAGGGGCGGAGGGCCAACUGCAGUAGUCUCGAGAGAAGAUGUUCUAGCUAGCAGUGGAAUCAUAAGCGUCACUUCGACGAAUGGUGGCGCGAGCGGGGGCAGUGGCCGGCUCGCGUUUAGCUCGGGCUCGGCGGUGACAGGAAACACCGGAGACGUGGCCAUGGGCUCAGGCUCGGCGACAGCCGGCCGCGGCGGGAGGAUGGACUUGCACGUGGGAAGCGGGAUAAGCGGCGCGGGGAGUCCAAUCACGGUGCAUGCGGCAAGAGGAAGCGAACAUAGUGGUGGCGGCGUGGUCGCGACCUCCGGCGGCUCAUCCGCAAGCAGCGGCACUCUGGCGGUUCGGAGCGGGGCCAUUGGGAUUGCAGGAUCAAGCGGAUGUGUAUCGUUCAGCUCGGGAUCUGCGAAGUCAGGAAACACUGGGUUGAUAGCGCUUGACUCGGGCACCGCGUCAGGUGGUCGGAGCGGUGCAAUAAUAGUGAGUGGUGGCAGUGGGACAAGUGGGGCGAAUGCUGGUCUCAGCAUAAUCUUACAAAAAGUCAAAUUGAUGUCAGGCGGUGUACUGAAUUUGAUUAGUGGCGAUGGCACCUGCUCAAGCAGCGGGUAUCUCAGUCUCGGGUCGACAAACAGCGGAGCGAGUGGGUCGGGCGGCCGGUUGGCAUUUAGCUCCGGGUCGUCCAAGGACGGGAACAGUGGAGCGGUUGCCCUCGGCUCUGGACCGAGCGUUGGAGGGCGGGCCGGAGUAGCGCGCGUCUCCGUCGGUAGUGGAACGAGCGGUUUGGGUGGCUCGACGUCGCUGGGCGCGGGGAGAAGCACCGGGACGACGGGCGGCGGCGUCUGCGUCGAGACGGGCGAAGGCACGGCCACAAGCGGCGGCGCGGUGUACGUUCGCACGGCGAACGGCGGCGGUGGCGGAGCGAGCAGCCAGCUGGUGUUCAGCUCAGGCUCGUCCAAGGAAGGCAACAGCGGCGCGCUGCUCGUCGGGUCUGGCGCGGCCUCGUCGGGGCGAGGCGGCGCGACUCGGCUGGGCGCGGGCAGCGGACGAGCGGGUCUGGAGGUGGCUUGAGCCUGGAGUCCGGUCGGCUCGACGCCACGGGCGGUACCCUCCGCGGGCUCCGGGAGGGGGACGACGGGCAGCGGCGGGCGCUGCGUAUCGGCACGCCGUCUAACGCUGGCGCGGGCGCCGCGAGCGGGCGA